CAUUGCAGCAGAGGCACAGAAGGAGACUGCGAGAGGAGCAAGGAAUUACACACACAUACACACACCAAAACAGCAAAACCAGAACACCCUCCCCUGGACACACCCUGCUGAGGAUCACUGCUUCUCUUUUUUUCUGAACCAUCGCCCACGCCACCACGGAGAGAAGCUUUCUCCAUCAUCAUCAGCAUCCAGAAGAAAACUCCUAUUUCCUUAUUUUCAUCCUGUAGAGGACACCAACAAUUUCGCAGGGCUGAGAUCCUUUUGGCGAAGACUGUAUUUUUUUUCCUUUUUUAUUUUUUUUAUUUUACUUUUUGCUCCUAAAAAUUACAUAAAGGCCGUAUAAUAAUAUAAAGGCCUAAGAAGGCGGCGAGAGACUUCCGCUUCAAGACCUGUGAAAAGAAGGACCUAGAUUUCUUUCAUUGUACGUCAAGAAUGGUUACUCAGAUAAUCAGCACCAUGGAAACUCAGGUGUCCAAUGGUCCAAGUGGAACCAGUCUGCCCAACGGCCCAGUUAUUAGCACAAACGGCUCCACAGAUGACAGCAAAACCAACUUGAUUGUCAACUAUCUGCCUCAGAAUAUGACCCAGGAAGAAUUCAAAAGUUUGUUUGGUAGCAUUGGAGAGAUCGAGUCUUGCAAGCUAGUCAGAGACAAGAUAACAGGUCAGAGUUUGGGAUAUGGUUUUGUAAACUAUGUGGAUCCAAAUGACGCAGACAAGGCUAUCAACACACUAAAUGGUCUCAAAUUGCAGACUAAAACAAUCAAGGUAUCAUAUGCCAGGCCAAGCUCAGCUUCCAUUCGUGACGCUAACCUUUAUGUGAGCGGACUCCCCAAAACAAUGAGCCAGAAAGACAUGGAGCAGCUGUUCUCUCAGUAUGGCCGCAUCAUCACAUCUCGCAUCCUUGUGGACCAAGUCACAGGCAUAUCACGGGGAGUGGGUUUCAUCCGGUUUGACAAGCGGAAUGAAGCAGAGGAGGCCAUCAAAGGACUAAACGGGCAGAAGCCUUUGGGUGCCGCUGAGCCAAUCACUGUCAAGUUUGCCAACAACCCCAGUCAGAAGACAGGCCAGGCCUUACUGACUCAGCUUUACCAAACUGCUGCCCGCCGUUACACGGGACCCCUGCACCACCAGACUCAACGUUUCAGUGUGAUCCCUUCACUUGGAAAGGGACCAGAUCCAAAUAGCAGCUCAAACACAAUACUCGACAAUUUACUAAACGCCAGCUACGGAGUCAAGAGUUCUCCUCCUCUCUUUCCCAGAUUCUCACCCAUCACCAUUGACAGCAUGACCAGUCUGGCCGGGGUAAACCUAACUGGUCCCACUGGAGCCGGCUGGUGCAUCUUCGUCUACAACCUAUCGCCUGAAGCAGACGAGAGUGUCCUUUGGCAGCUUUUUGGGCCUUUUGGCGCCGUCACCAAUGUUAAAGUCAUCCGUGACUUCACUACCAACAAAUGCAAGGGCUUCGGCUUCGUCACGAUGACCAACUAUGAUGAGGCCGCCAUGGCUAUCGCCAGCCUAAACGGCUACCGCCUGGGCGACCGCGUGCUGCAGGUUUCCUUCAAAACCAGCAAGCAGCACAAGGCCUGAAGGAUAGGCCGCUAGUGCCAGCUGGUUUGACCUGCAGGGGGACAUCCCCGAGCCUCCCUGUCACUCUACAUGGGCCUGGACUGAGUCUCUCUGUCUUUCUCUCUCUGACAUACUCUCUCUCACACAAACUCAUAAACACAGACAUGCAGAUGCAGAUAGACAUCGAACCACAAAAAACCACACUGACAUACCCAAGCAUAGGUAAGUCAGAGUUUCAAACAAACACACUAGUGAAGUUAUUUCUUUUCUCUUUACACAACUUGCUAGUCCUUCCCUGUAUUUGCCUGGAUUGAAUUAGAAAGGGGUUCGUAGCUGGUCUUUUUCUUGUGGGGUGGGUGGGGGGACAAUGGGGGAAGAGCUUUCUAUUUAGGAGACAGUCUAACGAAUGUGACAGAGAAUGUGUAUUGAGUGCUUUGAUUGAAUUCAGGCAAAUAAUGACAACAGACGAACAAAAUUAUCAAAAAAAUAGAUAAAAAUAUGUGCAAUUUACCUAAACUCUUACCCCACCAUCUCUCCCAUUAUCAUGCUGGAGGGGAUGUAGUCACUUUUUUUACACUUGGGCAUUUUGAAUCAGUGAUUUUUUUAGAUCAAAGAAAACGAAACUAAAAACAGUGUUCUCUUAUAUACGUCUAUUAAAAUAUUACUAUAUAUUCAAUAUUUAAGGUGGUUAUAAUAGCCGAGUAUGUAAGCAUUUUCUAGAAACUUUGACUACUGUUUCCUGACCUGCGUUAGGUGGUGCCUCGCUUCAAGGCAUUUUUCUCUUAUAUAUCAGAGCUUUUCAGCUCAGACCCAACCUGAUUUAGCUAAACGGUCGAUGAAAAGAGCAGUUCAAAGGCCAUCACUUCUACCCACAGUCUCACCAGAAAUAUCACGAUAGAACAGGAACGUAUCACAGAAACACAGUUCAGAUAUAGAAAGAUUUACACAUAUUUAGUCCUCUGAAGCUGUAUUUUAUUUUACUUUUUUUCUUUUUUUGCUCUUGAUCUCAUCCAUGCGAUACAUUGAAUACAAGCAGACCAUCUGCGAACUUAGAGCAGAGCAGCAGCGCUCCCAUGGUGACGCCGUUCAUUAGUAAUUCUCUGCUGGGCAAGAGAGUGAUGAGUGUGAGGGGAAAAACUGUUUCAUCAUCAUACAGCUGCAACGAAAAAGGAAAAAUACUGGUGUUUUUACACUUUGGCUGACUUGCGAAAGAAGUUUUCUUGAAUCAAAAGUCAUUCUCCUUCUAUGAUGCCUCUCAAGCCGCCAUUCGCAGUAAAGAGUAAGUGCAAACACAAAGUCAUUGACAGGGAGGUUAAUUUCAUUACAGCUGAAAGAAAAACAUAAACAUGCUUGAAACAACACAUCUCUUGUAAUCAUGCCAAGCCUGCAAAAAUAUAAUGCACAGGCAUUGUUCCUCAGCUUUGGAAAGAUAAAGGCUGCUCUUCUGUAAAUUAAACUGGAUCCAUAGUAUCCUAUAUUAAGCAGAUUAGACAACUAUAAAGUAAUAGAAGUCAUAUAUGAACACAUAUCAAUUAAGCUAAAAGAGAACCUUCUUUAGCUUUGUUCAACAAAAGAAGUGACAUAUAAAAAGCCAUGCUAUUCUUCUAAAUGCGCCAUUUUAGUUUUGAAUUCUCAAACAUGAAGAUACAAUCACCUUGUAAAGAGGUGUCAUAGUUACGCUUUUGAUCACAUAAAAGCAUUUACCAAGUUUCCUUAGAUCAGUUUGAUGCAACAACAAAAAUAGCUGGAGAUUAAAAUAUCCCUGACCCAGGAGCUUUGGGAUUAUUUAUGGCACUCUUGAUGAAACAAUAAGGCCCAGCCCGUGUAGUUGAAGAGUCUGCUGCAGCCCAGAUUUUUUGAUGUACCAUGCGGAGCGAGUGUCUUUUAAUAUCGAGACACAGGCGCACAACGUUGUGGUAAAUAAGGUCAGCUAUAUUCAAGUCAUUUUUUGCUUUUCUAAGUGACGCUGUGUUAGCCAAAGAGGACGGUCUCUUUGAAAAGGAUUACAUUAAAGAUAAUCUAUUUUUAUACAUACAAAGGAACAAGACCUUGUGCUGAAUUUUUACAUAUUCUUAAGCUUGGGGAAAAAAAUUGGGACAUCGCGUUGCUUCAUUUGAAACCCUCUGAUCUUUACAGAGAAAGAAGGAAGAAGCCCACGGUGUAUGGGUGGGGGUGGAUCUGGGGAGGGGACGAAGGAACACAGAAACUCAACGGUUUGAAAACAAACGAGGCAAAUACAAAUCUGACCCCAAGAAUGGUACAUUUCAACAGCCAGGGUAUAUAACCUGACAGACACAUCUGUAUUUUGGAGUGUUUAGAUGCACUCAGCAUUUCUUGUCUUGAAAUUGUGUAUAGUGUUGCUUCAACAAUGGAAGUUUUUUGACCUGAAAAUCCCAGACGGAGCUGAAGUGAGACUGGCUCACUGCCCAGCUCUCAAACUCCAGAAGCUGCUUGCAGAUUGAUAAUAAAAACAUAAAAAAAACUGCUGGUGAUUCGUAUUGAAAAUCCUUACCAUGGGAUAGAUUUGAUUUUUGCCAAAGAAUUGCUUUGCAAGUCAGCACUAAGAAAAAUGAUCUUACUAAAAUACCCCCCAACGUAACUGCUGUAAAAAUCUGUCUGUUGAACAAGGACCCUCGACAGUUUCAGUUAGAAUUCAUUUUGAGCAUAUAUUGUAAGUUGCGCAUAUCGAUUUCCAUUUCUGAAUCAUAAAAACCACCAUACCAAAUGCUAAUCUCUACAUUUGCACACAUAUCAUGCAGUAUGAAAAAGGCAUAUAUAUUAAAACAAGGGAUGACUCAACUCACCUUGUGACCAAGGCAAAAAAAAAAAGAAAAUGCAUUCGCAUAUUUCCCCUGACAUUUAAAUCACCUGUUUUAUCUUUAUCUUUUAUAACAUUGCAAAUACUUUUAGCUGACAUUUUUUUGAUCUGACUCAUAACGUUUCUCCCACGCGAUCGUUGACUGAUGUCUCACUCAUCACAGAGAAGUCUAAUCUAGCUUAUUUGGUUCUUGCAAGUGAUAGCACAUUAAGUUUGAGCACGUAGUGAGGCCAGCGAUAGACAUUAAAGCAAGAAAAGAGCGGCCACAUUGAACUGCAGCCAUCACAAAGUCCCCAAAAAAACGACCUCCUAUACCCUGUCCAUAAGGACACCUGAUAGGCAACAUGGCGGAGAGCUUAGGACUGUGGCAGGAAACAGUACUACACUGCUUGAGCAACAACAAUAAUCGUUUUGAAAAGACAAAAAAACUUUCCUAUGGAACAGUAAGUGCAAUGUGCUUUGUUUUUAUAUUGACUGAGAACAAAUGAUAUAUAUUUUUAAAAAAAGAAAAAGAUACGUCACACUGAAAAGGUUUGCGGGAUAGCAAGGAGUGACUGUUCAAGGCGAAAGCGAUUAAAUUGAACAGACUCGUUACCGAAUCGGACUAAGAACAAGAGCUCUGAUCUUUAAAUUGUUCCACUAUCACUUCCUCAGUCCCUAUUGUGUGCUCUGUCCAUGCAAGCUCAAACUGCAUAUUUGGCUGACUUUUAAUAGAGCUUUUCUCAAAGACUUUGAAAGGAAUAUUGUCGAACAGAACAUCAGUUUUAGCCCACGUCGAUUUCAAAUAUAAUUUUCCUGUAAUUUUCUUGAUUUCAUUUACAUAUCAGGACUCACUUGUUAACUUGGUGUAUUUGUGUUGUUGAUGUUGCCAUAGAGAACACACAUGGGUCGAAGAUUACGUUUUGGUUGCAUUGAUUGGGUACAGUUUGUUCUUUUUCUUCCAUUUUAUUAGUUGCAGUUUUUUACAGUGUAUGCAGAUUUUAGACUUAGAUUUCUUUUGUUUCAAUCAAACUGUGUUCAAUUGUGUUUGUAAAGUCUGUGGUAGCUUUUGUUGCAACAUAAAAAUAAUUUAAACUGAAAAAAUUCAAAAUAGCGCCAACAAACUUGUAUUAUUUGGGCGACUUUAAGCUUGUAGUUUUAACUUAUUGUUAACUUAAAAACUAUUUAUUAUGAUUAUUAUUAUUAUUGCCUCGUAUAAAGUAUGUUUUGUGUAUAUUUAUGGUUUAUUUCAUUAUAUUUGCAAGUUUAAAAGAUUUUAAGUUUGCCAAAAUUGUGGUUACACCAUUUUGUUUCUUAAAAAGGGGGACAAAUAGAAAAACAGCUUUAGAAGUACGAUUUGGAAACGUUCUCCAUAGUCAAAGAAUGCACUGCUAUAUUUAACUAAUUGAAGUGUAUAAACAUACAUGCUGUGUGCUAGAUGUUAUGCCUUUACUGCCUGUGUUCUGUUUGUCUUGUUAAAUGAAAAUCUUUUAAUUAUUUAACCUAAUCACAGUCUUGUUUUUUCCUGCCACUCUGUGAACCCCCGGGAGGCGAAGAUGGCCCCCUUAAUGGGGGGAUUGGUCUGAUUUGCUCAAAAGAAACUUUCCUGUUUUGAUGAUGGGCUGAAUGUACCUAAAUUAAAUUGAGACUUCUGAAUCUGGUAAAUGUAUUAGUGAGGCCAUAUAAAUUUUAAUAACAAUUAGUGCUAUACACUGUCCAAAACUCAGCCAUUAACUCUGAGGAUAAUUUCACAGAGCUCGAACAUGCUACAGGAAGGUUUUCUUGGGAGUCUCUAGAGUAGCACAGGGGUGAGUGGUCCUUCUGUUUCUCAACUGUAUUUUGUGUCUAUUUAUUUAGAAGAGGGGACGCAGUAAUUUAGUGAUGUUUUUCUUACCUAUUCCUGGAAUGGUAGAACAAAUCAAAAAGUAAAAACGAUCAAAUAGUUCUGUCGACAGCAAACGUCAGCAGAAAAAAAAACAAGAAAAAAAACUACAAAAUCUCAUACUUCCAAACAUGACCAAAUGAACAAUGUCAAAUUUAAACAAAGAUGAAAAAUAAACCUUUCAGUUUAGACUAGGAUAUUUAUUACUGGGAUUUCAGCUGAAGACGCUUGAAGACUUUUUCAUGGAAUUGUUUAAUUAUUUGUACUUUACAUGCCAGAAAAAAAAAAUAAAAUGAAAGUUACAAAUAAAAA